CAGUCUUGCGGAUAUCUUUCCAAGUACGUCCAUCCAUUGUGCUUGGACGCAUACAGAGCAAUCUUUCGUCCUCGCCUAGCUCACGGUCCAGCAGCUUUACUGGUGAAGUAGGAGUCGUCCUUUGAAGAUGCCUUACUCCCACCACAGCCAUUCUGGCCAAUUCUGUGGACAUGCGCAGAACACGCUUGAGGAAGUCGUCCAGGCAGCAAUAGCCAAACGCUUCCAUACUUUCUCCUUGACGGAGCAUAUACCCAGGCCGCAGGAAGACUUCUAUCCUGAAGAAGCCGAAUCUCACACCGAGCAGAGUCUCGCGAAGCUAUUCGAUGACUUUAUCGUCGAAGCCCACCGACUACGAGACGCGUACUCGGACCAGAUCCAGAUACUCAUCGGCUUCGAAACCGAGUACAUCCGCCCAUCUACGCUGCACAUCAUUCGCAGCAUCCUCGACAAGUACACCUUCGAUUUCUUCAUGGGCUCUGUCCACCACACGCACACGAUACCAAUCGACUUCGACCGCGCCAUGUACGAACAAGCUAGAGACAAGGCAGGUGGGACCGACGAGCGCCUCUUUGAGGACUACUUCGACUCCCAGUACGAAAUGCUUCAGGAGCUACAGCCACCAGUGGUCGGGCAUUUUGAUCUUAUUCGCCUACUUAGCGACCAUCACGACGCCGAUUUCCAGGGCAUGCCUGGCGUUUGGGACAGAAUAAAGCGCAACUUGGAAUACGUAGCCUCUUAUGGCGCUCUUCUCGAAUUGAACUCGUCUGGGUUGCGAAAAGGUUUGGCCGAGCCGUAUCCGUGCUUGCCCAUAUGUCAAAUGUUCUUACGCAUGGGAGGUGGUUUCGUCAUGUCUGACGACAGUCAUGGAAUCGACCAGAUAGGUACAAACUAUGCGCGGCUAUUGGCUUUCAUACGCAAGGCAGGGAUAGACCAGAUACAUUAUGCUGACCGGGCCGGUGUGCGCAAAGACAGCCGCUUCCCCAAUGCGGGCUUCUCUAGUAUUGCUGUAACCGACCUGGCGCAAUCGCCCUUCUGGGCGAACCUAGGGUGAUAUCAUCUUCGCCAUGGGUAGCCCUUCGGUAGUUGGAGGCGCCACUGAAACCCUCCUUGUUGAAAGUUUCGGGCCACGAAGCCGGCGCCACGCUAUCAAGGAACUUUUGUCAACGGUUGGUUCGAGUGAACAUGCAGCGCGCAUUGCCUUUCGGGUAUUUUAUUUCGAAGCGAAAUUGUCCGCUGAUAUGGUAAUGUGCAGUUGGUGUAGUCCAUAUCACUAGUCAACUGGGGCUACAUGCUCUGCUAUUACGAUGCUGCACUCCAGAUACGUGGAGCUUCUCCACGACUCAGUUACCGCUGCAAGCGCAUUUAAACUAGCCAAUGUGAAGCGUGCAAUGCUCCCAGACCACGCUGUUGGGCUCCCGGCUCAACGCACAGG